AUGAGUCGUGCCGCUCGUGCAUGUCGUUUCCAAGCAGCUAGAACUGCUUGCCAAGUCGGAUUUCUCCUCUUUCUUCGUCAUUGGAAUCAUGGGAUUAUUGCACUUUGGGAGGGUUGUUGCCGAGGUGUAAGGAGAAAUCCGACUUGGCAAGCAGUUCUAGCUGCUUGGAAACGACAUGCACGAGCGGCACGACUCAUAUUAAUCGCGUGUGCUCCAGGUUUCUCCACCUCGACUAAUACUCCGCACUCGCCUCCGCAUUUGCAACCAUGUGGGCGAACUGGGUUGUCCGUACCUACGAGCUCGUGGGCCUCGUGGACUCUAACUUGCUUUGGUGUAGGAAGAGAGGUCUGUGUUGUCGACUUGGGGUGGAAGCUCGCUUGUGAAAGAAGGGAAGAUGGUAGCUAUAUAAAGAGCUACAAGGCUUCGCAACAAUGCAAUCAAUCAUGGGCCUCAGCACGUCUCCCAGACGCUCACGCAUCGUCGUCUCCCUCUUCGCAGCAGCAUCCCUCAUCUCGACCUCCUCAUGUCUCCCCGGCAUCCGCGAAGCCUGUUCCACACCCAACUCCAACAAGGCCCAAACGGAACUCUGGACCUGGGCAAUGUGACGGCCAGGCGCAACAGCACCGAGAACAUGGUGGGCGAGAAGCUGAUGACGCACUUCAACCUGGUCGGCGAGGUGCAAGACGUCGGCGUCGUGGCUGGUUGACACUCCUUCACGGACAACAUCGGCACUGGCUUCUCGGCAAACGAGUUCUCGCAGUGGCCAGAGAGCCUAGGCCUCGCCGCCCUGAGAGAUCCCGAGCUGGUGCAAACCUUCGCCGAAGUAGCAGCAGAAGAGUACAAAGCGAUCGGAAUCCGCUGCGCCCUGCACCCCCAAAUCGACCUCUCGACCGAACCCCGCUGGGCACGCAUCGGCAACACAUUCGGCGAAGACGCCGAGCUGACCUCGCAGAUGGUCGUCGCGUACAUCAAGGGUUUCCAAGGCGACAACGAUGGAGAACGGCGAGGACAGCCACUUCACCUACGGCAAGAACGCGACUACGAAGAGGUCGGCUUCUCCUUCAACCGGCAGAUCGUGACCGAGCUCCUGCGCGAAGAGCUCGGCUUCGAAGGCAUCGUGCGCGCCGCUCGUGUGCUGGACGCCGGCGUCGACCAGUUCGGCGGCGAGCAGCGAACCGAGCUGAUCGUCGAGCUCGUCGAGACAGGGCGCAUCGAAGAGUCGCGCCUCGACCGCUCCGUGCGCCUGCUGCUCAAGGAGAAGUUCGCCCUGGGCUUGUUCGAGGAGCCAUUUGUGGAUGUCGAGGCCGCCAAGCGCAUCGUCGGAAACCCGUACUUUGCUUCAAUGCUACGCUGCUCACUUCGCGCGGGCUGGAAGUCGUUGAGACGGUUGGAGAGGCAGAUCUUGCGCUUGUUCGCUUGCAAGCACCCUACGAGCCGCGUCCGGGUGGCUUUGAGGCCAACUACCACGCCGGAUCGCUCGAGUACAAUGCCACCGAGAAGGCGCGCCAGGCCGAGAUCUUCGCCGCCGUGCCGACCAUCGUGGACAUCUACCUCGACCGCCCGGCCGCUAUCCCCGAGAUUGCCGAGAACGCCGCGGCGCUGCUCGGCCAGUACGGCGCCAGCCCCGACGCUUUCUUGGACGUUGUGUUCGGCAUCGAUGGCGCUGCGCCGCAGGGUAAAUUGCCUUUCGAUCUCCCUAGGAGCAUGGCUGCUGUGGAGGCUAGUAUGGAGGAUGUUCCGUUUGACACUGAGGACCCUGAAGGCGGAAGACGGAAGACGGAAGACUCGAGUGAAGUGAAGUGUGAUUCGAGCGGAAGCUUCCAUCCGAGCCAAACGAUAUCAAGGUCACGUGAUGAAGGCGAUGAACAUGGAACCUCUAGACGAUGA